CGCUGUCGGUGGCCAUCUGCUGUGGCAGGUGCCGGGAGAGGCUCGGGAAACACUUAGCGGGGCUUCUCGACCUCCCUAGCUCUUAGUAGUGCGAUGAGGUCCGUUAGUUAUGUGCAGCGCGUAGCCCUAGAGUUCAGCGGAAGCUUGUUCCCGCACGCAAUUUGCCUUGGAGACGUCGACAAUGACACGUUGAAUGAACUGGUGGUGGGAGACACCAGUGGGAAGCUGUCUGUGUAUAAGAAUGAUGACAGCCGGCCAUGGCUCACCUGUUCCUGCCAGGGAAUGCUGACUUGUGUUGGAGUUGGAGAUAUAUGUAAUAAAGGAAAGAACCUGGUAGUGGCCGUGAGUGCUGAGGGCUGGUUUCACUUGUGUGACCUGACUCCUGCCAGGACCCUGGAUGCUUCUUGGCACCAUGAGACCCUAAUGAGAGAGGAGCAGCGUCCAGUCUUUAAGCAGCACAUCCCUGCCAACACCAAGGUCAUGCUGAUCAGCGACAUCGAUGGAGAUGGGUGCUGUGAGCUGGUGGUAGGGUACACAGACCGUGUGGUACGAGCCUUCCGCUGGGAAGAUCUGGGCGAGGGCACUGAACAUCUGACAGGGCAGCUGGUGUCACUCCAGAAAUGGACACUGGAAGGUCAGGUAGACAGUCUCUCGGUGACUCCAGGAUCACUGGGUGUUCCUGAGCUGAUGGUAUCGCAGCCAGGCUGUGCUUAUGCAGUUCUACUGUGUACAUGGAACAAGGACACUGGGCACUCUGCUACCUCUCAGGGGACCACAGAAAGCAAUAGGGAGACCCUGGCUGCCCGAGAUGUCGUGCUGCACCAGAUGUCCGGCCGCAUCCACAACAAGAAUGUGUCUACUCACCUCAUUGGCAACAUCAAACGAGGCCACAUCCCCGAGAGUGGUGGCUCUGGCCUCUUUGCGCUCUGCACCUUGGAUGGGACACUGAAGCUUAUGGAGGAAGCAGACAAGCUGUUGUGGUCCGUGCAGGUGGAUCACCAGCUUUUCGCCCUAGAGAAACUGGAUGUCACGGGCAAUGGGCAUGAGGAGGUUGUUGCCUGUGCCUGGGAUGGACAGACAUACAUCAUCGAUCACAACCGCACAGUUGUCCGCUUCCAAGUGGAUGAGAAUGUCCGAGCCUUCUGUGCAGGCCUAUAUGCCUGCAAAGAGGGCCGCAACAGCCCCUGCCUCGUGUAUGUCACCUUCAACCAGAAGAUCUAUGUGUACUGGGAGGUGCAACUCGAGCGGAUGGAGUCUACCAAUCUGCUGAAGUUGCUGGAGGCCGAGCCAGAGUACCAGAGCCUGCUGCAGGAGCUGGGCACAGAUCCUGAUGACCUCCCAGCAGUCCGCACUCUGGUUCACCGAACCCUCUACCAUCCUGACCAGCCACCACAAUGUGCUCCUGCGAGCCUCCAGGAUACCACCUAGUUGGACUUUCCCUCUUAGCUGAGGAAGGAUCCUCCUGAACCUCCCUACCCCCAAGGUAUCCAUAGUAUUGGCAGGACAGGGAAUACACAUUACAGAGGUACAUGGACAGAGGCAGCAACCCCAGGGUGACUGUGAACUAUAGAUCUCAUGUCUUCUUGGUGAAAGAAGAGACUACUUGACCCUCUGCCUGUUUGCUUGUGUACCUUACCCAUCACAUCAGCGGGUCUGUAGGACCCUGGCCUUAUUCCACACCACCUGGGACUGCUUCCUCCCCAGAGCUAACCCACUCUUAUAUGGAAAAGAGACUUGCUUGUGGCCCCAACAUUUGGAAGGAACUAGGCUUUGGCGCCAGUGGAGCAGUGAGGUAGGGGCUCUCACCAACCCCAAGCACCAUUUUCCACAUCACAAUUCCAGAUCAUCGACAGGAGUGAUUAUUACAGGAAUGGGAGAUUGUUUGGGGUUUUCCCGAGGGGCCUUUCAAGACAAUUGACAGUCUUGUUUUUCUGUGUCCCCAGCAAUCCUGAGAUGAUUUUGCUCUAUUUUCUGAAAAAACUGGGCCAGCACUCUCAUUUUGCCAUAUUCUUCAAUAUGUGCAGCUUCAUAAGCCUUGCUCCUUUUCUCACCCACUCAUUUCCCCCAAAUGCCUAUUCUCUCAGACAAUAGACAUUUAAAAUCUAGUGCAGGUUUAUGAUCCAGACCAUAAUCAGAAUUAUAUUUUGUCCAUUUAUAUUUUUUCUGUUCUUAAUUCUGUGUGCUUUAAAUCAGUGUCUUUCAAAUUGUAGGUUGCAAUCAGCAUUUUUUGAAUAAAUGAAAUACAAUACAAUAGAAUUGAACAUAUAUAGCUCUCAAUAUAGGGAAAUGUUUCGCUUUAAUUGUAUGUGUUUACUGAGUAUAAUAUAAAAUAUAUUUCAUA